AUCUCCACGCGCGCGGCGAGACGGCCGAGACCUCACCUACCCCAGUCGCUCCUGCCGCCGCGCCAGCGCGAGCACUCUCCAAUCCGAAUCGAAUCCGAUAAGCCAAGCAAGCGCAGACGCCGACGCAGGAGCUCCCCCACCGCCAUGGCUUGCAGGCCGGCCGUGUGCUCCCCCUCCGCCCUCGCGCCGCCGCGCCACCGCCUCCUCUCCCUCGGCUGCGCGCGCACCGCCGCCCCCUCGGGCGGACUCCCGCUCCGCCUCCGCCUCCGCUCCAGCCCCGCGCCCCGCGGCCACGGCGCCGACCUCGUCGUCCGCGCGGCGGCCGCAGAGGGGGCCGUGGAGCUGCAGGCGAAGGUGAACAGCAAAUGCUUCUUCGACGUCGAGGUCGGCGGGGAGCCCGCGGGGAGGAUCGUCAUCGGGCUCUUCGGGGAAGUCGUCCCCAAGACGGUGGACAACUUCCGCGCCCUGUGCACUGGUGAUAAGGGCUACGGGUACAAGGGUUGCUCCUUCCACCGAAUCAUCAAGGACUUCAUGAUUCAGGGCGGGGACUUCCAGAACAACAAUGGUACUGGUGGUAGGAGUAUCUAUGGUGAAUGUUUUGACGAUGAAAAUUUUACAUUAAAGCACACCGGUCCUGGUGUACUAAGCAUGGCAAACGCUGGCCCUGACACAAAUGGAAGCCAAUUUUUCAUUUGUACUGUGAAGACACCAUGGUUGGACAAUCGUCACGUUGUCUUUGGGCAUGUCUUGGAGGGGAUGGACGUGGUGAAGAAUCUUGAAUCACAAGAAACCAGCAGGUCCGAUAUUCCUAAGCAGCCCUGCAGAAUCGUGAAUUGUGGCGAGCUGCCCGUGGACGGUUGAUUAAGUCAAAUGGUUCAGUUGUCGGAUUAAGCCAACAUUUUUCAUUUUGUUCUGCGGCAUAUUGAAUCUUAGGGGAGGGCUAAUUGAAUCUUGUUCUGUUAGAACACUUUUGGUAUAGUGAGGAUACUUGCGAGGCAUUCGGCAAGAUAGAUGAACAUCCCUCUUAUCCAGUGAUAUCCUGUUUGAUGAGCUUAGAACUUUAAGUUACUCUUAUCCAGUGGAACUCGAAUUACUGGUCUUUUCUUAUGUUGCAUCAGUAAAGACCGUUUGCUGGCAACAAUUUUCAUCAACGGUGGGAACUUGAUCA